AUGGCAGACAAGCGCGAUGCCCCGGACUCCGCGUCCGUCGCGCAGUCCCACGUGGAAGACAAGACCAAGCUCGCACCCCGAGAAGAGCACCUCGAGAAACGAUUCACCCUGCUAUCCGUCAUUGCUUUCGGCUUCACAACCAUGAACUCAUGGGUGGCAUUCGCCUCUGGUGUUGCCGUUCCUCUCGCUUGCGGCGGUGGCCCGGGUCUCAUCUACGGCCUCAUCGCUGCCGGAGUCAUCAUGGCCACCAUCAACGUUGGCUUUGCCGAGCUCGCAUCUGCAUUUCCCUCAGCCGGUGGCCAAUACCACAUCGUCUAUAUGACUUUCUCGCCCUCUACGCGCCGAGUUGCCGCCUUCUUCACAGGCUGGAUCUCCAUCAUUUACAUCAUGGCAGCAACGGCGUCCUGUAACUUUUUCGUUGCUAGCUCUAUUCUCGACGUUGUCAGUCUGUGGAACGAGGGUUACGAAAUACAAGCAUGGCAUACAUACCUGCUGCAUAUUCUGUUGUGCAUCAUUGCGUUUGUCACGACAUCUCGUUUCCCUACCGCCAUUGGUAGACUGGGAGUGACGAUUCUUGCGCUUUCGAUUGUCGGAUUUGUGGCCUCGCUGGUCACACUUCUUGCCGUCAAGGAUACCAAACAGUCAACCGACUUUGUGUUUACCGAUUACCGAAAUGUCAGCGGAUGGCCAGAUGGAUGGGCCAUCUUCAUCGGCAUAACCGGGUGUCUUUGGGCAUACAGUGGUGUUGAUGCCGCGACUCACGUUUCGGAAGAAGUACCCAACCCGAGUCGAAACGUUCCCAUUGCCAUCAUCACCACCAUGGUUCUGGGCAUCGUCACCGUUCUUGUCUGGAACAUUGCGCUCAUGUUCGUAGUUACGGAUUUGCAAGCCCUGAUUGAGUCUGGGGUCCCUAUCUUGGAGGUUUACAAUCAAGCUCUCAACUCGAAAGUUGCAACUACAAUAUGGGCAGUCUACUACAUGGUCAUGUUCUACGACAUUGUCCUCAACCUCUUCAUCUUUGCUGGCCGAACUAUCUGGUCUCUCUCCCGAGACGGCGGUGUUCCAUACUCCAACUACAUCUCUCACUUGAACUGGGCGAGUCCUGUUCGUGCCACUGCCGUCAUGCUCGUCUUGCAAGUCAUCAUUGGCGUUCUUUACGUGGCUUCCACAACUGCAUACAGCAGUUUCAUCAACCUCACACUCUUCGCACUCAACAUCACCGUGGCUCUCCCACAAGCUGCACUGUUGGUACGAGGUCGUGGAAUUCUUCCCGAGCGAGCCUUUUCUCUAGGCAAAUUUGGCUAUGCCAUCAACGCAGUUGCCACCGCAUUUGUCAUUUUCUUCUCCGUUACGUUUUGCUUCCCGACGGGCUAUCCCGUCACGGCCGGCUCUAUGAACUACCUGAUUGUCGUCAUGGCUGUAGGGUUGGUAGUCACAACCGCAGCAUGGGCUUUCAAACUGCGCAAGACAUUUACGGGUCCUCGGUUGGAGAGUUACGCAGACGAAACGGAGUAUUAG